UAGAUAUAUAAAUUGCAUUACAGUCACAAAACACCAUUCAGAAAAAAUUCUCCAAAACUCAAAAUUCUUCUUUAUUUUUUCUUAUUUGUUUUAUUAUUUUAUAAAAUAUUUUAGAAAAAAUGGAUCCUCCAACAAAGAGUUGGAGCAUCCAUACCCGACCCGAAAUAACAACCAAAUACGAAAUCCUCGAACUAAUCGGAUCCGGAUCUUACGCCGACGUAUACCGUGGACGGCGAACCUCCGAUGGAAUCACGGUGGCGCUAAAGGAAAUCCACGAUCACCAAUCAGCCUCACGAGAAAUCGACGCGUUACGGAUUCUUCGGGGAUCCGAAAACGUCGUUUUCAUGCACGAGUUCUUCUGGCGUGAAGACGAAGACGCAGUUCUCGUUCUCGAGUUUCUGAGGACUGAUCUCGCCGCCGUGAUUAAGGAGGUUUCCGGUGCCGGAGAAGGUGAGGGUUUUUCCGUUGGAGAAGUUAAGAGAUGGAUGAAGAUGAUAGUUAGUGGGGUCCACUGUUGUCAUGUGAAUAGGAUUGUGCAUAGAGAUUUGAAGCCUCAGAAUUUUUUGGUUUCUGAUGAUGGGGUUCUUAAGUUGGCUGAUUUUGGACAGGCAAGGAUACUUAUGGAGUCAGGAUUUGAUGCAUCAAAUCAUGCAAGUUCAUCCCAACAUCCUCAUGAUGCUAUUUCCUUAUCACACUACUCAAACCAAAUUGAAUUUGGAAAUCAAGAAGAUGACGAGGAAAAAAUUAGUCAUGAUGAAUAUUUUAGAGUAUUAGAUGAGCUGAAAAUUCAGAGUCACACAUAUGACACUGAUGAUAAGGACACCAACACACAUGAUGGUAAUACAUCAUGCCUUGCAACAUGCACAACUACUGAUGAUGAUGAAGAUGAUUAUCUUUGGAAGAAUUCUUUGCCAUAUGAAGGAGAUGAAGAAGGAGGGAAUGAACUUGGUUUUCUCACAUCAUGUGUUGGAACAAGAUGGUAUAGGGCACCUGAACUUCUUUUCGGUUCCACUAACUAUGGUUUAGAGGUUGAUCUUUGGUCAUUAGGAUGUGUCUUUGCUGAGUUGUUUACAUUGAAGCCUUUGUUUCAAGGAACAACUGAUAUAGAUCAAAUUAGUAGAAUCAUUAGUGUUUUGGGUGACAUCAAUGAGGAUGUUUGGCAUGGUUGUUCUAAACUUCCUGAUUAUGCAGCAAUUUCAUUUAAUAAGGUGGAAAACCCUAUUGGUCUUGAAGGGUGCAUGGUGAACCAAUUGGAUGAUGAAGUUUCCUUUGUUAGAAGAUUGGUUUGUUAUGAUCCUGCUAGGAGAGCCACUGCAAUGGAGUUACUUCAUGAAAAGUACUUCUGUGAAGAACCACUUCCUGUUCCUGUUUCUCAGUUGCGGAUUCCUGUAACAAAAAAUGAAUAAGACCAAGAUUUUUCAAGUAGUUUCAUGGUUACAAUGAAAUGGAUUGGGAUUUUAAUUUUGAGGACUUCAGAUGAUAUGAUCCACCUUGAAUUCUAUUUUGUUAUAAUGGUUAAAUA